CUCCCCUCCACCGUGCUCCUCCUCAUCCUCCCCGCCCGUCCCUUCAGCAUCAUCCCCCGUUCCUCGUUCUUCCCCUCCUCCUCUGCCUUCCCCUGAGGGCGAGUGCGUGUCGAGCGGGUGCCUGGGCCCGCUGCUGACCCUGGUCUUCGCCAUGACGCUGGUCUCCGUCAGCUCCUUCGUCGCGUUCCUCUGGAUCCUCGAGGGGGGACGGCCUGGACCCUCCUCGGGGACUGAGGCUCGAGGACCGACGUUUCUGGAGGCCUCCAGGGGCCUCGGGGGGUACGGAGGAGCCGUCGCGACGCCUCGCCCAGUGUCUCAGGGCUCCAGGUCGUGGCUGGACCUCAUGGAAGCGAACGCCACGGCCUGGGAGUUCACGCUCCUCGCCUCCGUCGCGCUCAACGUGGUCCUCUGCAAGGUCUCCUGGGGCGUGUACCGCGCGCUGCGGCUGACCGGCCUGUACCCGCCCGGCAUGGAGCCCGUGGGCCUCGGGCGCAUCCGCACCGUGUCCCCGUGGGAGGUCUUCUGCGAGGCCGAGGACCUGGAGUGCUUCGGCGUCUGCGACCAGACUGACCCCAGCGUAUGCGACAGCGGCGGGCACCUGAGAGGGUGCCCCCUUGGCCGAGGCGUCAAGCAGCGGCGAAGCGCCCUGACCAGCCUGCAGACCGUCUCGUUUGAGUGUGCUUGGCGAUCCUGGUUGCUGCUAUAUGUUCUAUUAUGUGUUCUGCUCGACGAGCUGUGCUGUUGGAUUAUAAUCUUGCUCGAAUAGCCUUCCGUGGUAGGCCUAUCGGCACGCUAGGGCGGCGCCCGCCCGCCGCCAGGCAGGCCCAUCCUGAGGCCCAGGGGGCCAGCGCGGCGGUGGACGGCGGGCGCUGAGCCCCCGUGCCACCAGCGCAGCAGCGGGUGCCGGCAGGAGGGGGGUCG